AUGCGCGAUCGCGAACGUGGGAAACGAGAAUUCACAAAUGAGACAAUACCCCGUUGCUGUGUUGGUCUUAGCAUCGAUCUUCUUAGAAUCCUCAGUGAACGCAUCGGAUUUGAUUUUGAGCUCUUCGAAGUAGAAGACCACAUAUGGGGAUCAAGGCAAACUAACGGAGAAUGGAACGGUUUGGUGCGAUCCAUACUGGAUGAUAAAGCAGAUUUUAUCAUGACUUCAAUGAAAAUUACUCCAGAACGUAGCAAAGCCGUCGACUUCACCGUACCAUUUUUGGAAACAGGCAUCACCAUUAUUGUGGCCAUUCGAGAAGGAGCUGUCUCACCAACUGCCUUUCUAGAGCCCUAUGACUACCCAGCUUGGUGUUUGAUCCUCGUAUUCAGCGUUCAUGCGACAGGAGCGUCCAUUUUCAUUUUCGAAUGGCUUAGUCCAUUUGGACUGCAUCAAGGAAAAACCCCUAUCCGAGAGCACAAGUUUUCUUUGUUCCGAUCGUUUUGGCUGAUUUGGGCCAUGCUCUUUGGUGCAUCAGUUAACACAGAUAAUCCGCGAGGAGUCUCCAGUCGUUUUCUCGGCAACGUAUGGGCACUUUUUGCGUUAGUCUUCCUUGCAAGUUAUACAGCGAAUCUAGCAGCCUUUAUGAUUACAAAAGAGGAAUUCUACGAUUUGUCUGGCAUUCAGGAUUGGAGGCUGAUGAAUCCACACGCUCUAAAGCCACCAUUCCGGUUCGCUACAACACCAAACGGAAGUACUGAAACAAACUUGAAAACAAACUACCCAAGUAUGUAUAGAUAUAUGAGUAAGUUUAACCAGCGUGACGUCACAGAAGGAAUAUAUGCUUUGAAGAAAAAUAUGAUUGAUGCCUUCAUCUACGACGCAACAGUGCUGGAGUACAGAGCAGGACAAGAUGACUUGUGUAAAUUACGUACCGUAGGAAAUUGGUACGCAAUGGCUGGCUAUGGUGUGGCCUUUCCGAAGGGGUCGAAAUAUAUUGAUCAAUUCAACCAAGUUCUAUUAGAUCUUCAACACAAUGGUGAAAUGGAACGUCUCCAGAAAUUCUGGUUAGCAGGAGCCUGUAAGAAGCGGGACCAAACUGGUGAAUCUAGCAACUCUCUGGGAAUUCUCAACUUUACGUCUGCUUUCAUUUUAUUGGCUUGCGGUAUGGCACUGGGCAGCAUUCUAUUGGUAGUUGAACAUUUCUAUUUCCGAUUUGGACGGAAAACUUUACAGAAAUGGGAUAAAUGCGGUUGCUGCGGAUUAGUGAGCUUGAGCAUGGGAAAAUCAUUGACAUUUGAACAAUCAGUGAGAGAAGCGAUAGAAAGGAGCAGACGGCACCGAUGCAAAGAUCCACUCUGUGAAACAUCAUUGUGGAAAGCACGACACGAAUUAGACCUUGCUCUUCUUAAAAUCGAAAAACUUCACUUGCAGCUAACAUCGUGCGGAAUUACUCCGGAGCCUGGUGCCGUUUGGAAAUUGCAAUCAGACUGCUACAAGCCCUGUGCACGCGAAACGAAGAAAGCCAUUAAAUUCAAAGAAGACAACGAUAAUGAGGAUUCUCCGAUGCAGAAAGGCUAUAAAUGUGAACUAAUGGAACCAGUUUCGGUUCCGGUGCUGUUGUCAGAUCCUGCUAAUGAUCAAACUAACACAACACAGCUAUCAACGGGCACGCCCCAUUUAAACAAACAGGUUUUCAGGCGCUCGCCAAGUUAUACGACAGCCAUGUCUGUAGACGAAGAACCAAAACCUCAGGCGGGUAAAACAAGAUAUCACAAUGGAAAUUAUUACAUUGAAGUUGACAACCGAGAAAUUGAAAGUGUCCUUUAAAAUAACGAUUUCGUUAAGGGGGAAAAAAGAAAAGGAACAUUUUUAACGAUAAUAAAUAAAUAAGGAAAUAUGCCCAGAACAUUAAAAUGGCGAAAGUGAUAAAGAUAUGAAUAUAAUUCAAAUUAACAAAUGAAUAGCAGCGAAAAUUAUUUCGGGAAUGAGAAAAAAAAAAAGCAAAAUGAUAUUCACUUUGUUAUUUUAUAAAAAUGAGUACUGGAAUUUUAUUUGAAGAAAAAAUAAUAAAAAUAAUAGGAAACGGGAUUGACCUAAGACAGAGUAAAAGAUUUUUAAUAUGGAUGCGAAAAUGUGACUGGGAAAUACAUAACAUAAACUAACAAGACUGAAUAUCAUGUUAAUGCCAAAAUUAAAGAAAAACAGAGAAAAAAAACUGUCAAUCAAUCUUUGAUGAAUGUAUCAUACAAAUUAUCUAUGUGACAUGGUAAACUAAGAAGAUGAAGAUAAUGAAGAUGAUGGAGAAGGAGAUAGAAAAAAUAUUCAUUUCAUUUUAUUUUUACGGUCUAAUCUUUUCCACAAAGACAACGACAUCAGAAAAGAAACUUAUCAUAACUGCGAAAUACUUUACACGAAGAUUUUCUUCAAUGUUUUCAUUUUUUUGUUGUUGUUUUUUGGGGUAUUUUUUUUUCUGUCUUCAUGACAGUGUUUUCUACAUUCGGAAAUUGAUCUUCUAGGAAAUACGCAACUGUAUUAUUAAAAAGUAUACGUACACACACACACACACACAUACACAAAUAC